CAGUAACACAUAACUACAUGUUUAUUGAUAAUGAUAUCGCGCAUGGAGGAAAAGGCGAAAUAGCAUAUCCAACUUCUUUUUGCGAAUUUAUGUUUAACAAGUCAUAUUUGAACAGAGCUUCAACUUGUUCUUGGCAUUUUGUUGCCGUGCGUCCAACUACAAUUGUGAUGCGACGAGGACGAGGAGGAGGACCUCUCCCACCCCGAUGUUAUUUUGAAGUAUAAAAGUUUUACUAUUUGUAUUUGAUGAGGCACCCCCCGCCUAGGAGAUCGACACUUUGAAUGAUUUUAGUUCUUACUUUCUGAUUCUGCCCGGCUCGAUUGAUCAUGAAGAUCAGCACAGCGAUGGAACGAUCUUCUUCAAGGGACGCGACCUAGUUGUUGCACUCGGGGACAAGUUCAAAAGGGUGCUACUUUUAAUCGAGAGCCACGAUAUCAAAGUCAAAAGGCUGCAGCUGCAGAGCUUCAACUUCAUCGAGGAUGCGACCUCCGUUUAGUCUUCAGCGCCGUGGCGGCUUUCUCAGAUCGCCUAUCGACAGCGGGAAAAUCAAUGCAGCUGUUAUUGAGGACAGGAGGUUUUUACGCGCACACCAUCACCAGGGCGAGCACUCCAGCAGUCGAAGGCUCGCAUCAUGCGGGAGAAGGGGGCUGGUCUUGGUCCUUUUCUAUUUGUUCGCGAUCAACAUGUUGUCGCUGCUGGGUAGUAUUUUCACACUUGGCGUAUUUCAUCUCUUCUUGGCCAGAGCGCUCGAGCUGGGAGGCAGUGUUGAUACCGGUAUUUUUACCACGAUUACCGCACCAACGUUUCCCGGCUUCUUCGUUGCUGCAGAGCUGAUGGAACUGCGAAGGAAGGAGGGUCAGGAGACUGAAAACGACUCAUCUGAGGCAGAUGGGAUAACUAGUAGUAUUCAGAACACCGACGACACACGCUCUCUCUCGCCGCGGAUACUGGAAACGGACCAAGUCGUGCAGAGCACUGCGCUACAGCGACGGGCAUACUAUGGUUUGGAGUUUGCCCAGGAAUUCGGACUAGACCCAGAUGUCGCCGCUGCGCUGGACAGGGGAGUACGGGAGAGGGAGCAGAGGUUGGCCGAGGAAGCAGCUCAGAGGGCCGCCCAGAAAAAAGCUGACAGGCUGGCCCAGCAAGAAGCUGACAGAAAGCAGGCGGCUGAGGAGGCCGAAAACUAUCGUCUUCGGGUUAAAAAUGAGGAACCACCCACACUAACAGAUGACGACGAGGAGAUGAAUGACGUAAGUGUCGAAAACGAGAAAGAUGACAAAGUCGAGCGUGGGUAUGGGACUACGACUCUCAAACGUUACACUGAUCGCUGUUGCAUGAUCAUUUGUUGCCACACAGAAUCACUCGCACCCAUGCAUUGCAUGUUCAAGCUAAUGCGCAUUAUAAGUAACCUCUCUGCUCAUGACCACGACGACUGGAGAAGUACGUUGCAUUCGAAAUCUCCAAUGCGCGACACGCAAGCCCCCCCCUGGCCCUGACGGUUCCGCUUUUUAUGCAUCUACUGCACAAAUCAAAUAAAUCUAAAUUAAUCAUUUGUUACAUCAUAGUAGCAGCUAUCAAUGUAAAAAAGCUGAAGAAUUCCAUACUGCGGUGACACACUUUUUGUUGGCACCGGAUACGACUGAGGUCUUCCCGAAAAUGGAUAACAAGUGCCCAGCUCCUGGUGGGGAAAAAGAGAAGCGGAUUCAAGCUUGGUUUCCCCGGCGAAUCUUCGACACUGUGGGGCAGCUCUGGCACAAAGCGAAGGGAAAACUGCGGGUUCCCGAUUUGAAAAAGCCGUUCCGGUUCCUGUAUCAAAUGCAAAAAUGUCUGGGUCUGGAACAGUGCGCGAUUUGUCAUGCAGCUUUUCCAUGACCCACGAGGUCUGGAAUGCAGGACCUAGCGUGACAGAUUCUGUGCGAUCUCUAUCGUCCCUGUCCUGCAUGAGAAACUCCCUCCCGACUUGGUCAAAACUGGACGACUAAUCAUGCAACAGAGAACUUUGCAUGAUUCAGAUUUAGCGUGACAAGUUGCAUCCUUCCAAUCCCAGACAUUUUUGCAUUUGAUAUCCUGCUCGACAAAGCGAUGUGGCUGAAGGACAAACUGAUGGAUGCGGGCUCUAACGCCGUGAAGUGGAUUAUCCAGGAAAAAACACCCAUCCACAUCAUCAUCCAAUUUGUCAUGCAAUACACGUGUAAGAUCCUCUGUUUGUCAUGCAAAAAAUGGAUAAUAUGGAUGAGCUUUUUUCUGUGGAUAUGGAUUACCAAGAUGACUCUUGGGGAGGCGCGUUUUACGCGUAUGUUCGGGGUGCUGACCGACCGCUUGGCGCAGACCACCAGUUUGACCCUUGGUGUGGCAGCGCAGGCGACCCUGUUUCGAUUCGUGCCCGGGGUCGCGGUGCCCAUCGGCGACUACCUUCACGGCACCGUGAAAAAAAUGGUCGAACGAUUCAUGAACAAGGGGCCUUUGCAGUUCUUGCGCAAGUUACUUGUAGACGUCGUGGGCCGACGCCUUGUGGUGUCCAUUGUGCCAUACGUCGUGCGUCUAGCGCUCGAGCAGCUCUGGAAGCUUGUUACCGCCGCUUUUCUAUCCACUAGUUACAAUGAUUGCCAUGUUCUCCAGGUCUGGAAGAUUGCGCGUCUCUGUCAUGCGUCUCUUAGUUGUAAAUCAGGAUCACACUUCUACAGAUGGUUAUGGUUUGGUCUGCGUUUCGAAUCAAUUAUAAUUAUGUUGCACGUAAAAGCGGCGCUACAGGUUCUGCCCAGGCCACCUUGUGAUGCCCAUACCCGUUCCCCAUGAGAAAUAAUCGCUAGUAUCGUUAUCCGAGCAGGACAUCCCAUGAAGGAACACAGAGUUUGCUGUGGUCCAGCCAGGUGGCGUUGGGCGCGCACGACCAGUACAAAGAGUAGUUUGAUGCAUAAUUCUUCCAAACGGAGUAGACAUUAGGUUUGCAAAAAUGCAUAUUUUCCGAAGGUUGUCGCCCUGCUCGAAAACCUCGGGAAGUUUGCCUGGUGGGGUGUGACGGCCGUGGGCGGGCGAGUCAAGGCGGCUUUAGGGCACUUGGCCCGCAAGCUCGCAGAGCUCGGCCACGGAGUGCUGAAGAAAGCCAAAAAGCUUGCGGGGGCCCUUCUGAACAAGCUCUUCGGAGAAAAAAAAGCAGCCCCGCAGAAGGACCACGUGGACGAGCCGGCGGCGGAUGUUGAGCAACGAGUGCCAUCUUCCUCAGGUGUGCUUGCGCAUGGAGAAGGAGGAGGAGACCCUCAAGAACAAGAAGUACGUGAUCCAUCCGUACCGGACGACAAGGAAAACGAGGAUAAAAUCACCGAGAAGGUGGACGAUGAAAUGAACGACAAGGGCCUGAAAAAGACACUGGAUGAUGUGAAGGCAGACACGAAAGUGGACGCAGCGGAAACGCAAGUGAAGGAGGGUUGGGAAGCCGUGGGCGGCGAGGUGCAGACCCUGGCAUUAACAGCCAACGAACAAAUGGCGGAGAGCGUCAAGACCGAGACAAGCAACCCGGAGAACCAGAGUAGAGAGGGCUUUUUCAAACGCGUGACAAGGAGGGUCCGGGACCUUUUCGGCUCCAUAUCGUUGGAGACCGUGAUGAACAAGAUGUGGAGUGCAGGUGCGGGCAUGGUCGAGUGGCUGUCUGCAAAUAUUGCUCGCCUGUUUUCCAGCGUGCUGUACAAUGCAAUGCUGUUCAAACUGGCGGCGAUUGUUUCCGACCUCGUGCUCGGGGUGCUACAUCUCUUCAAACUGCCCGCUUGGCUCACUGGAAAGCUCGCAAACCAGUUGGUGCAGGCAGUGGUUUUGGUCCUGGGUAUCCAGUUCGAAGGCAAGAUUACCGAACUACUGGAACACGUACUCAAAGACCACUUGCCCAGUUUGGUUAAGAAAUUUGUCGAGUUUAUGAAGGCUGGAGCAGAAAAGCUUCGGACUUCGCUCCGCACAAUGCUGCCUGAGCGGGCACUCGAAGCGCUGAAUUCGUUGAAGACAAGUGUUUGGAGCAAGAUCACGGCACUGUUCGGUCGCGCAAGAUCCAGCGCAGGUACCGCCGUGCAGGUAGUAAGGACUGCGGUCGCAACAGUUGCAAGAACAGCAACGUUCACGCGAAACAACGGAGGAGGCCCGGGCGGGGACGCGGCCACAUCCGGUGGUGGAACAGGCAGUGCCAGUGCUGUUGCGGAGGACGGCGGGGUGGCAUUUCUGCAAAAGCACCAAGCAGCCGGCUCCGGGGUACCAAACUUGGACCCGGACGAGGACGCGGAACUCAGAGGGGAGAUCUCAGCGGGGGAGAACGUAGAGGAUUUUUACGAAAAGGCAGAUAAAAGGGCACGUAUCCUGUGUGAAAAGAGCGCCCCCAGAAAUCCAAAAGUCAAGAUCGAAAUCAUUUUGCAUACUUACAACACAUCAAAAAACGCAGAAGAGCAUGAGUAGGGAGUCACGCAUGCCAAUUUUGUUCCAUUCGUCGCGUACUAGUAGUGCAGGUUCUCAGAAGGGACGGCCGGAGCUCACAAAGCCAUCUGCUGGCUAUGUUAAUCUGUUUUUAGUCUUAAUACGAGGGCCGUGAUGUAGUUGAGAACACGACUGCGCCUGCCACUCAUGAAGAGGCACACUCCACUACAAAUGCUCCUGUAGAUGCAACUACGCAUGACAUCAAGUCUGGGCCGGGGACGAUUUUAUUCAGGAUUGCGCAAGACAUCGAGUCCAAUGAGGUCCUGCGUUUAGCCCCUCCUACUGCAGAUGAUGAUGGCGACGAAGAAGCCGCACCACCCGCCCGCUCGGGCGGCCACCGCUUGUCAUGGCUUCGCACUGGCCUUGGCCGCGUGGCGCAAUUCGUGACGCCGUGGCGCGAUAACGCCCACCGAGGUGCCGAGCUCGCGGUGCAAAAGUUUGGUGUCGCCACAGAACGCGUCCGCCGUUUCAUCCGUUCGAGCUCAUCUUCAUUCGUGGAGUAUGUGAAAAACCUCGGGGCCCGGAACUUGGGCGCCUCCGUGCGUACGGUCACGGAGGUGGUGCUUAGCGCCGUGGUGGAUUAUGUGUUUCCCUACAUUUUCGGAGUGCUCUCCAAAAUCGCCCCGAUUUUGAUCCCUUUCGAGUUCAUCCUCCGCCUGUUGAUGCACCAGCUCGUGUCGCAGCUGUGGAAAUUCGAAUUACCCGCCACACCGGAAUAUGGAGUGGUCAAACGACGUUACAGUCUCAACUGGUGUCACUUACGUGAUUUUUGUCAUGCAAAAUUACUUUUUACCAUCCGAAUCGACACGAAGCUGCAGCUUCACGUGUCAAAUUUUCGAGGAAGAGGAACCAAUCAGGGCCAUAAAAAUCUCCGCAGAGUCUGUCAUGCAAGACGCGCAAGGCCCUCCCUUUCAAGUACUUUUGCCAUUCUUGCAUCGCAAAUUCAUGUAGCAGUCGAUUUGUCACGCGAGAACAGCAAGAGUGGAAGCGGGAACAAGAUUGCGCGUUUUGCACAUACGAAUUUGGAACGGAUUUCCAAGCAAGGCCUUGCCAUGCGAGGCAACGUGACUUUGUAGAGUCUGGUGGCAAUGAUUUUGCAUGAAAAAUCGUGGAAUAACAGCUGAGAAUGUAGCGUUUGAGAGUCCCAUACUAGAUCGCGAUCACUUUUGGAAAUUAAUGAAAGAGCUGCGGGCGUCGAUGACGAGCCGGGAAGUGCUCAAGGUGCGGAUCCUGCCACACAGUUGGGCGACAAAAUUUACGAACACUUUCUUGAUGAAGCGAACGGAUACAUCCAGUCCGUAAUUCGCGGCACGUUGAAGAAAAAGAUCUUGAUGAGAAUCAAGGAGACUUUUGGUUUUCCUGGUGAAGCGCAUGAUGUUGAUGCAGGGAGCUCGGAUGAAGGACCCCGACCCACCGACGCUGAGGCUGGGCAGCAAACUCCAACAGCACCAGCAAGAGGAGAAGAAGAGGAGGACGUGGUGCCAGGAGUUGUUGGCAGCAGUAGCUUCCUCGAAACCACCGCGGAUGGAACUCAACUACCGGCGACGCCCGACAUCGCGACACCCCAGAUUGCGCCAGCAGAGAACAAAGGUUUUCUGGCCCGGCGGCCCUCGUCGUCGGAACCGGGGAGGCCAGCUGAAACAGGUCUGGAAGGUACUAUCGCGGGGGGGGACACCAGUGCGGGAGAAGAGGAACAGCAUGGUGGAACGGGCAACCCUGCGCGCGUGCGGAUGAGGACCGCAGCUGCGAAGCAAAACAGGAAAUUCUUGUCCCGCCGAGCAGAUGUUGUUGUUGACGAUGCGCAAACUGAUUUUGACGCUAGUACAACAGUUGUAGAGCAACUGUUGGGGCAAUCGGAUGAUUUUCAGGCGUGGGCGGGCUCCUUGAUGGAGCAGGGUUCUGGCGGCGAUGAUUCGGCUGAAUCGGAUGAUGAAGAUGAAGAGCGACAAGGCACAGGUUCCAGCAGAGCAGUAGAAGCUGAGCAGCACGACCUGCUGGAACAAGGAAGCCUGGUCGAGGUUUCCCGCGAAGUGUCUCGUCUCGACGAAAACGAGGAAAAGGAUAAGUGGGAAGACCUCCUGAAAGCGAAGGAACAGGAGGAAGCCAUUGGAAAAAUCGAGACGGAGUUGUUCUUUCCCAAACCCCAUACACCACGGGAAGAACAACAUCAAGAUGAAGGAGGGCAACCCGGUGCAGCAGCCGCGGGGGCCGGCGGUUCCCCCGCGAGCGGUAGCAGCGGCCUCCGCGCCCGGAGAUAUGUUCAACCCAGUGCAGCAGCCGCGGGGGCCGGCGCUUCCCCCGCGAGCAGUAGCAGCAGCGCAAGCGGAGGAGAAAAGACGCCGCUCAAGAGGUUCCUCCACAGCAUGGGCGAAAAUCUGAAGCAGGCGGUGACCAAGCUACUUGAUGUUCCGGACACCGAGCUAGUAGAAGAUGGAGAAGAUGGUGCGCCGGUGCCCGGGAAGGCGCGGGAAGGUGGGCAUGCUCGUUCCGGACAAGACGACGAAGAUGCGAGGAGAGGGGGCCAGGGCCAGGUAAUGAAGGGAGAAACUACGCUGCUGGAAACUGUCGUAGAAAAAGUGCCCUUUUUUAAGAAUAUUUUUCACUUCAUCACGCUAUCAAGUGCAAAUGUGUCUGGGUCUGGAAAAUUGUGAUGCCUGUGCUGGGUGAAUUACUUACGCACGGCGCACUGACUGUGAUGCACCACCGAGCUGCAUCUGCAUGAGGAAGAAAAUAGAGUUUUCUGUGUCUCUGUGUUGCGUUUUCCGCCCGAGAAAGGGCGUUUUUACAUGACAGACAAGACGAGCUUACACUGCUGGCCACGCAAUACCAAUUUUACAGAGUUCAGUGUCAGUAUCAUGUUCGUUGCUACUAGACUACUAGCAUGACAAGAAGCCUGACAAACUUCCAGACCCAGACAUGUUCGCAACGCAUACGCGCGGUCCUUUUACAACUCCAUGAUGUCCAUUAUGGCGUUCUCAACUGUUACAUUCUCAACUGUUGCAUGAAUUUGCGAUGCAAGAAUGGCAAAAGUCAAAGGGGUGUCCUUGCGCGUCUCGCAUGACAGAUUUGGAACAGAUUCUCGGCCUGUUUGGCUCUUCCAGAAUUUGUCAUGCGAAGCAGCUUGAUCGUAUCAAUUCUAAUUGUGAUUUUGCAUGACAAAUCAUGGAACAGUUGAGGAUGUAACGUUUGAGAACGCCAUAUCCAUGCUCACUUCGGCCGUCGCCAGGCUCCAGCUGAUCACGUUCCUUCGUUUCUACACCCCCAGAACGCCGGUAGGCGCGAGCAUUCCGAUCGCUAUACGGACUCUCACGUACGCAGUCUUCACCCAGUAUCAUUUGUAAAAACGCCCCCACCUCCUCCCCAGAUUAAGAUUUGCAUUGGUCAUGUAAAUUUGCAUGAACAGGAUAUUUGUCUUGCGGGUCUCCACCAACAUGAGAGAUGUUUUCUAAAUGGUCGCGCCUGGGACGAAAACGAAUCUGUCUUGCGCUAUUAAUCAGGAUAAAAAUCAAGCGGAUUUCCAAUGUUUCUGGAGGUGAACUACUAGUACUAGCUUGGCACGACUACGCUGCAAAGGCAGCGCGCUUUCUCCGCACGCAUGACUCCCAAAACUUCUGGACUUGUGGUACCCACCAGUUCCCAUCCUGACUCUGGGGCGGGGACGACGUUUUUGCUCAGGAGACCACGGGGAAAGUUGCUGCAAAAAUGCGAGAGUACACGGACCGCGCGCUUUUUAAGAGCUGGGCCCUGGUUAAACAGGUGGCCAGUUCAGUUUUUCAGAAGCUCAUUGCUGUCGUGCAGCACUUUGCUACAAAUUCGGUGAAGAAGUUCCAAGAGUUGUGGGGCAAGGCGAAAAAGUUGCUAUUUCCUCCGGCCGCUCAGCCGGAAAUUCCGGCCGCUCAGCAGGACGAGCCUCGUCCUGAACCGCACGACGAGCCUCGUCCUGAACCGCAGGACGAGCCUCGUCCUGAACCCUAAACCCGACGAGGAGCAGUCGUAGCAGAGCAAGAAGGGGGAACUUGUCACUGCGACGGACAGGUCCGUGACGAGCUAUAAACAACUUCAAAAACAUAAACUCCCACUAUAUCUUUCGUAAAUUUGUUUACUUACAUACAUUUUUUGUAACGAGCCACUGUUUUUCUGUUUCGAUUCCUACGUUGUACUUGUUUUUUUAUCAUUUCCAUUGCGUACUAUUAGCAUUCAGAUUCAUCAGCGAUUUUCAUUCUAUCAGCAGAAGCCAGUACUUACAUUUACUCAUUUUCUAAGGAGCAACAACUUUGAACAAGAUAUUGUGUCUAGCAGUCAAUCAUUACUCGUCGCUCGGAUCCGAUCUCCACCUCGGUCGCCUUUUAUUCCUGGAAAUCGGAGUUCGGAGAGCUAGAGGCUUCUGUAGCUUUCCCAAAUUUCUACUUCAUCCGCGCAUGGAGCUUAAGUGGAUGAUCUUUUUCUGCAAGCACACGACUCUAUACUCAAGUAGCCAAAUAAAAAUAAAAUAAAAAACCCAACUUGCGAAGUAUUAGUAUAGUUUCUUUCAUUUUAUUUUUACCAUUUCAUUGCACCAGCUUGACUUCCAAUGAAGGCGAAACUGAGUGGGCCACAUCAUCGGCGCACUCUGUAGUUCCUGUUGUUUCUUAUAAGCCUUGACGAUGACGAAGAAGUGCUUCCACUAAUAUCUGCUAUCACCGACUUCUUUACUACCUCGAGCGCUAGCUUAUUUCUCUUGCCCGGCAUGCUUAUGGGCGGGGUCUUCCGCUCUAUCAGCAUGGAGGUGGCUCUAUUUUUGAUAUUGAAUACUUAAUGCUAUGAGGACGGGUUUCGUGAGUUUGUUUACAACGCGUACAUUUAAUUUUCAUCUGAUGCAGCCCUCUUUAUCCAAUUACAAAUUACUGUUAAUCAAAGUGCUUUUCAAUACCAUUGUGCUGAUUUGUACUUCGUUUUUCGUUUUCUCAUCUAGUAUUGUUUUUGCCUAGUGUCGCGAUAAUGAUCGCCCGGACUUCAAGAAGAAACUACAACCGGGAGUGGUGUCGGAAAUUUAUGUGGAGUACAAACGCCCCUCACUCUGGGACGAUUUUUCACUUACACAGUCACAGCAAUACAACAAAUAAUGCCCGGGCUGCCAGCACG